AUGGCACCCAUCCCUGGACUUGACCCCCGACAGGAGGCUCCCGUUCCUCCACCGGCAAACCCCUACGCUCGACCACCUGGGCCACCAGGGCCACCACAGAAUCCAGCCCAACUUCCCACUCCUUACUCAGGAGGUCGCGUUGACGUCCAGAAGAAAGGUGCUAACAUAUGGCGAAAUUUCCUCAACUGGUUCAACGACCCAGGUCUGGGACAAGAUCGCACGGCAGUCGUCAUCGCCGUUGGCAUCAUCAGCCUGUUCGUCAUCGGUAUCCUUGCCUACCUCUUCAUAACAAAGAAGAAGAAGCUCCUGGCUACCCGCGGCAAUCUUGCGGGUACCCAAGCUGAACUCCAGGCAUCACGGGCAAGUCACAGAGACAUUGAGAUGGAUCAGGCUUUGCAUAAGGAUCCCCCAACAAAGGAGGAGGAUGCAGAGAAGGCCAAGAUCCAAGAAGUGUGUGACGAAAAAUGCAAUGACUUGCAAACACGACUCGAUCGGUCGGAGCAAGAGGUGGAAAAUUUAAGAAAGUAA